AAACGAAACUUCUACAGUCGUGAUUCGGCGCAGGAUGUUUGAUUGUCAAACUCGAAUUCUCAAACUUCCAAAUUUUUAGAUUCCCAAAUUUCUAAUUUCUAAAAUUCUUAAAAUUCCACUUCCUUAAAUUUUUAAGUUUCUAUUCAUAAUUCGAGUGUCGAUUAUCGAGAAAAUUGACAUCGAUAAGGCUCAGUGGCGCCACGUACGUGACCGUACCGACUGAUUUCGAAGGUGACGUGUUCUGUGUACAGGUUUACGUAGAAUUUUGCUUGUCGUUUAUUGUGCUGUGCUAUUAACAAUUUAAUAAUAAUGUUAAAAUACGGAAGUAUAUUUAUAAUUUUCCUUUGCCUCCUCGAAUAUGGGACGGGUCUUUACUUCCACAUCGCUGAAACCGAACGAAAGUGUUUCAUCGAGGAGAUUCCAGAUGAAACGACAGUUGUAGUAAAUUAUAAGGUCGAAUUAUAUGAUCCACGAACCGGUGGAUUCGCACCAAGUGGUGCAGGGAUGGGAAUGCACGUGGAAGUUCGGGAUCCUGACGAUAAAAUGAUCCUUUCCAGAGUGUACAGUUCAGAAGGAAGAAUUUCGUUCACUUCUCACACACCUGGUGAACACAUUAUUUGUUUAUACUCCAACAGCAGCUCUUGGUUUAGUGGUACUCAAUUGAGAGUGCAUUUGGAUAUCCAAGUAGGUGAACAUACUAUCGAUUAUGCUAAUACAGCUCAGAAGGAAAAGUUUACUGAGCUGCAGCUAAAGAUACGUCAACUUCUUGAUCAAGUAGAACAAAUAACAAAAGAACAAAAUUAUCAAAGGUAUCGGGAAGAACGCUUCAGGCAAACAUCAGAAAGCACACACCGUCGCGUAUUCUGGUGGUCUCUUGCUCAAACUGUGGUUUUACUAAUCAUGGGUGCAUGGCAGAUGAGACAUUUGAAGAGCUUCUUUGAAGCAAAGAAAUUAGUGUAAGAUCAAAACCAAAUUUAUUCCUAAAACAUAGUCACUUGACAAAUAUCAGUUCGAUUUGGCCCUGUGUCAAAUCUGUGUUAUAAUUUAUUGAACAAAAAAAAUAGGGUAUGAACACUGAAAGGUCUGUUUUGAAGAUAUUUGUACUUUUCAUAUGUAACCAAUUUAGGUACAUUCACAUACGUUCACUGAUCCGUGUAUUUAAAUUCUCAUGUAAUAAAAACAUUGUAUGGAGUGAAUUAUUGUUGUAAUAAAAUAUUAAUUUUCAAAGAAA